GAGAAGGAGUAGCAACCCUAUUGAGGACAACUUUGAAGAUCCUAGCGACUGAGAAUCAGUCAGCUCGAUUCAGAGAAGGGCAGAAAUCUCUACUAAGCACGUUGAGUUUAAGGACGAAUACUGGCAGGAUAUCCCAAAACAUAUAGGAAGCAAGCGUCGUUCUUAACUUGUAGAAUAUAACGAGAAUGAAUUCUUCUUCAUGAAGAAUACCGAGCUCUCGAGAGAGCUAGGUAUAGCCAAUAAGAAGAUCGCAGCGUUAUAGAAAGCAAGCUUAAAGUCCAAAGAUAUGCAUUUGAGGAAAAGAUUAAGAAUAUGAAGCAGAUUAUUAGAAAUAAGAUUAUGGCAGAAGCUACUCUAAAAUCAAAAUCAAUGCAAGAAUUGUUCAUCAAAGAAACAAACAACAUGCUUAUCGACUACAGAUUUCAAAGAACUGAAUUGCUCCAAAAAGACCAUGCUGUGUCUAAGCUCAUUCAGAUAAUAAUUAACCAGGAGAGGUCACUAGAAUCAACUAGGAAAGAGCUUGAGGAUCUUAUCACCCAGAACCCGUUUAUCUUAGCAGACUCUAUUGCAGAUGUCCGUAAGAAGUAUCAAGCGAGAAUUAGAGACAACCCGUUGGCGAUAGGAGAGGAAGAUUUGAAGAAGAUGAGGAGGACUCAGCUGGAGCUUAACCAAGUUAGGAAGGAGUUUGAAGCUCUUAGAGCGGUGUCUGAACUUACUGUUCAAGAUUGGCAAAAUGCAAAUUCAGAAGUGAGACGGUAUAAGUAAGGUUAAAAGGGUACUGAUGGUGGGAAGGAGGG